AUGGAGCCGCACAAUUUGCAGGCGGCGUCUACCUAUAUAAAUAAUGUGCUUCUCGCCCGGGGCUUACUGAAAAGUGGCAAGCCGAUCGAUUUCGCUCAGCCGGAGAAUGAGGAAGGUGGCACGGGGGCUGCGAUGGCGAGAGUCAUCAACCUGGUGAAUGAUUUGGUCCUGAGGAGAGAUCGCGAAGCCGAACACCGAGAGAACCUAGCGACUACGAUUCGGACAUUGCGAGCGGAGGAUGCCCAAAAGACACUCGAGAUUGAGAAACUCAAGGCGAAGACAUCCGAAUUGACCCGAUCGGUCGCUUUGGCGGAAGCCCAAGAGCGUGCCCAGAAAGCCAAUGCAGCGAGUGCCGACGCUACAGUAAGACAACUGAAAGAUCAAGUGCAGCGCAUGAAAACUACGAUUCAGCAAGUCCGGGCCCAGUGUGCCAACGACAUCCGCAAGCGUGACCUGGAGAUGCAGAGAUUGAAAUCCCACCUGGCUGAACGUCAGAGAGGAAAACGGGAGGGGCUAGGCGUGACAACCAUCAACAUAAACCCUGCAGUCGAUCGAUCCUCCAAAGCUAAGCUUAUGUCGGGUGGCGAUAAUGUCAAUGACCCAGGCUACAGUCUGAAGCAGGAGACGAACGAUUUUCUGACAGAGUUAUGUCAGAACUUGAGCGACGAGAAUGAUAGUUUAAUUAUGCUUGCGCGGAACACUGUCCAGACUCUGAAGGACUUGCAAGGGUUGCCCCAAAGUGAGGAGAAUGAUGAGUAUUCGAACGGUGCAAGCGUAGGAACUCAGAAAUCAUCACAAGGGCCAGUUACUACACUUCCGGCGUCUUGUGAAGAGCUGUCCAACCAAAUGGAUAGGGUGCUUGAACAUCUGAGAACACUCCUCACUAAUCCCUCUUUUGUACCGCUCGAGGAAGUCGAGGUGCGCGACGAGGAAAUAGGGAGGCUACGGGAAAGUUGGGAAAAGAUGGAGAGCAGGUGGAAACAAGCUGUUACCAUGAUGGACGGAUGGCAUAGACGAAUCGCCGAUGGUGGUGGCUCCGUGCAAGCGGAGGAGUUGCGAAUGGGUAUGAGGCUCGACCUUAGCGUAGACUCGGCUCAGGAUCUUGCACCAGCCGACGACGAGGCACAGAUGCAGUCGCCAAUUUACGAAGACCAGGAGGCUGAAGAUGAAGAAGAGUCCGCAGACAGGGCUUCUCAAGAGAGCGUUGAGCUACCUCCGGCUUGUGUUGACACUCAGCUACCAGUGCGGGAGGAAAAGUCUCAGAAGAGCUCCGACCGUGCGCUGAAGGAGCGGAGCGAGAAUGUUCGACCCGCGCGCUUGCCACGAAAGGUUUCUUUCACACCUGGACUCCAUGGAUCACCUUGUGAACCUAGUGGUGGCGAUGAUACUCUGCCAAUCAAAGCGCAUCAGUCCGAGACAGUUACGCGCAGGCCGUCGAGGAGAAAACCGGAGACCAAGACGUCACGUCAGGUACCGAGCCAGACUAGCAGACUGCAUGAGCCGAAAAAGCCAGGUCUGACUAAAGAGCAGGGCCCCAGCUCUCAAACUCGGAUGAGUGUUUCGCAGAAACUAGCCGCUGCGGAGAGUGAAGCUCGCGCUGCGGAACAAGCCCGCAAAGAAGGCGAGAGCCGUAAGCGAGGCCGCGCAGUGAAGGGUUCUAAAGGGAGCCAAGAUCGGCGAAGAAGCACUCUCACUAAUGACGAGCUGGGCGAGCUGCUGGGGAUGACAUCCCGGUGA